GCUUCUGAGAGCCACAACAUGGAUUGGAAUAAGGUCAUCGACAACGUUUUGAACUACGUGAAGCCCUCUCGACUCGAGAAUGAGAUAAAGGGCAUGAAAUACGAAAGCGAGCUGAUAACUCGUUUGUCGCAGAAUCAGGAGGUUAUGAAAUAUAUAGAUUGCUGGCUGCAAGAUUACUAUGACACAAUAGAUGAGAGGAAAGAGGAUAAAUGUUCAAAAAAGUCAUUGUCUUUCAAGAUACAAGGGACCAAGCAGUUUCAACUGAAAAAAUAUGCUGAGUCUCUAGAAUUUUAUACGAAAAGUGCUAGGUACGCUGACUCGUAUACAGAUUCGUCACUGGCAAUUGCAAAUAGAUCAGCCGCUCUAUUCCACAUGAGCAGAUGGCAGAAAUGCAUCGACGAUAUCAAAUUGGCGCUGGAAUUGGAUUAUCCCGAGAACUUACGUUUCAAACUGUAUCUGCGUGCAGUUCAGUGUUACCUGGAAUUAGGUAACAAAAGUUCAGCUCUUGAAACUAUUUUAAAAUUGCGUAACUCAGUGAAUCAGGGUAAAAUGUCAAAUGAGAAGAAAGAGCAAUUACAGAAGCAAAUAAAUGUCCUAACAUCGAAGAUAUCAUGUUUGGAAGAUGAAACAGAUAAUACCACAGAUAAUACCACAGAUACUACAGAAUUUCCUUCGCCACCUGAAGUCGUAUAUGGUGAAAACCCUAAUUUUCCGUCUGCCUCGGCAGCUGUAGAGAUAAAACAUGCUCCAGAAAAAGGGAGAUACGUCGUAGCUAAUAGAGAUAUCAAAAGAGGUCAAAUCCUAUUCGUUGAAGAGGCAUUUGUUUUUGUCCCAUUGAGUUUCGCUAAAUCUGAUAUUUGUUACAAUUGUUGUCGCUCGUCCGGUGAUACUCCUCUACCCUGUACAGAGUGUAUCGAAAGUAUAUAUUGCAACAUUAAUUGUUGGAAUGAAGCACGCUCGUCUUACCAUCGUUGGGAAUGUGUCGGCAAUCAAAUGGGCCUCUGGGAUGAAGUUGGGAUAGCAUAUCUGGCUGUAAGAAUGUUGUUUAAGUGUACAACUACAACCGAUGGUAACAAACUUAAGGAGGUACAAGAUCUAGUGACUAAUUUUUCCAAGGUCUCACCAAGCGACAUUAUUUCGUAUGGAAUCACGGCAAUUAUGCUUAGGAUGUAUUUAUCAAAGUUUACACCUUUUUUUACAUUUCUCAAUCUUGAUGAAUGUUCAAAGUUCUACGAUUUCAACUGUGAUCUCGCAACAGAGAACGGUAGACGAUUGUUCGUAAGUUCUCUACUGCUGAAGAAUAUACUACAACUUAUAUCUAAUGGGCAUGCUAUCACAAAGAUAAACGCGAUAGCAAAUAAUAAAAACACACUUUUUAUUCAACAACAAGACAGAAUAGCCACAGCUAUUUAUCCCUCUGCAAGUAUGAUGAACCAUUCUUGCGAUCCUAAUAUCAUCAAUAGCUUUUUAGGGCACAUUUUAAUAACUAAAGCCACACGGGAUAUUGCAGCGGGUGAAGAAGUCUUUAAUUGUUAUGGGGUUGACUUUAGAAGAAUGUUGAGACAACAAAGACAAGAAAAGAUGAAAAGUCAAUACUGUUUUAAAUGCAACUGCGUGGCAUGCACUAAACCAGAAUAUGAAGACAGCUUGAGAAAGUUUAUUGCGAAGAAGUGUCCUAAAUGUAGCGGGCCGUUGAGCGAUAAUUUCUACUCCUCUUCCAUGCACUGUAUGGAUUGCGGAGCGGCAAUGUAUGGAAAUAUUUAUGAUGAAUCUUUAAAAGAUGCUGAUUCUUAUUAUUCCGAAGGAAGAGUUUGCAUAGAGAAUGAGAAUUAUGACGAGGCAUUAAUUAAAUUGAAAGCAUGUUUGCAUCUUAAGAGAGCUGCAUUAUAUAAAUAUCAUGAGGAUCUUGCCGAAAUUAUGGAUCUCAUAGCAAGAGUGUAUGCUAUUAUGGAGCAAUGGUUAAAUUCGAUUUCGUAUCUCGAGCACAGUAUCGUGGCGAUUGAAGAAAGAUAUGGCUCUUGCAGUCUUGAAGUUUGUAAUGAAAUAAAUAAAUUAACGGAUAUAUGCAUGCAAUAUUUGCAAGAGGAAUCUAAUACAUCAUCAAAAUAUUAUAAAAACGUGUUGAAAAAAACACGGCGAUAUCUAAAUCGUGCUGAAGAAAUUAUCAAUCUCACGUGUGGUCCAUGGAACGAAGUUUACCGUGAAAUUGCCGUAAAAAAAGAAAUUCUUUCUUCUAUUUUAAUAAAUUUUAACGUCUGAUAUUUAUGUCAACAACCUGUAAUAUUUAACAGAUAAGUGAAUAAAAGAUUUAUAGCAAAGCA